CACACAUAAUGCCAUCGCCUCGUUAGCCCAGUCUAAGUGCAGACGCGGCCGCGCUAGAGCUUUCCUGCUCGCGACGACGGCCACCACGACCUUUUUUCUUUCUCGUCGUCGCAUUGUCCUUUUUUUUUUUUCAUUACCACGCGCGCGCACACACUCACCACCCGACCUGCCGAAAGUUUAGUGGACACGCGCUCGAGGAACGGGGCUCGAAUCGCGCCUCGUGCGAUUCGGCACAUCUAUUGAUAUGAUCCGGCAGACAUGGCGCUUCGUCGCCGUUUUUGUAUCGUGCUUGGUCAUCAUCGCAGAAGGGCGGACCCCACAAUUCCUAAAUAGGACAUGGCCUGAAACCGGGGAAGCAUCACAACGUGGUGAUUUACCAGGUAUACUUUUCGAUGACAAAGACGAUGUCUACGACGAAGAAAAUUACCCAGAUGAAUAUUCAACACGGUCAUCUACACGAAAUGAAAAUGAGGUUCAUCGAAAUUAUGACGAUGAAGAAAAUACUGAUAUUAACUGGAAUGAUUAUAAAGGAUAUAAACCAAACGUUAAUGAAGGUCAUCGUCAAGAUGUAAAUUCACGAACUGAUUAUGGCCAAAAUGUCAAUAACAGAGAUGAUUAUAACAAAAAUGGCUAUGAACAAACCUAUUACAAUCGAAAUAAUCAAGGAAGAAAUGGUUAUCCAAAUACCUACAAUCGCGAAGGUCAAACUGGUUACGAUCAAAGCAGCUAUGAUCGAGAUAAUCAAUCAAGAAGAACUCAAGAUGAACGUUAUAAUCUUCACUAUAAUCAUCAAGAAGACUACUAUAGUAAACAACAAGAACAUGGCUAUCCAAGCAGUUACUCGGUAUAUCCAGCCCCUGGUGCAAGUAAAAAUUGCUCCGGAAGCAAUUGUUGUUUCCCCAAAUGUUUCGCUGAAAAAGGAUCGAGAGGACCUCCUGGAUUGAUGGGACCUGUCGGACCUAAAGGUGAACGUGGUUUUCCAGGGGCUGAGGGAUUCGUAGGACCCAAAGGAGACAAAGGAGACCCUGGUCCCCAGGGACAGCGAGGCAUACGAGGUGAAAGGGGAAAAAUGGGUCUGCCCGGUCAUCCAGGUCAGAACGGUGUUCCUGGAAUUAUGGGUGCUCCGGGUCCCUCUGGUAUUCCCGGUAGAGACGGGUGCAACGGAACAGAUGGCAUACCAGGGCAUCAAGGUUUUCCCGGUGAGCCAGGGCCCAGAGGUCUACCAGGUUCUGUAGGCUCAAAAGGAGAUAAAGGAGAAGCAGGUCACUGUGGUCGGUUGCUCGUUGGUCAAAAAGGUGAGCCUGGAAUUGAUGGAGUACAAGGAUCCCGAGGUAUUCCAGGCCCUCAAGGUCCUCCUGGUUAUCCAGGACAAAAAGGCGAAACAGGGCCAAUGGGUUUGACCGGACCACCGGGUAAUAAGGGAGAAAAAGGAAACAUGGGUGUUGGUUUCGAAGGAUCUAAAGGAGAUAAGGGACAAAAAGGAGAAGUUGGAUUGCCGGGUGAAAAUUCUUUGUAUCCUUUUUCAUCGAAUCCCCAAGAAACUGUUGGUCCUGUUGGACUUACGGGAGCCAAAGGAGAUAAGGGUGAUAUUGGACCUCCAGGUCUUAAAGGAGAACCAGGAAAUGUUGGAGACAUAGGUUUGCCAGGGUUUAAUGGUCCUAAAGGUGAAAGGGGUCUCCCCGGAGCGCCUGGAAUACGGGGUCGUGAUGGCUAUUCCGGCCCUCCAGGACCACCUGGUCGUAAAGGAGACAGAGGCUAUGAUGGAGUCGAUGGGUUGCCUGGACCAUCAGGAUUAAAAGGUGAUACAGGUCCAGCUGGAUUACCUGGAAUACCGGGUCUAAGAGGUCCUCCAGGACCUCCAGGAGGUGGAAAAGGACAACCUGGUCCACCUGGCGAAAAAGGACCUCGAGGAUACCCGGGACCUAUUGGUAUAAGAGGAGCAGAUGGAUUACCAGGAAUACCUGGUCCACGAGGGCCCGUUGGACCAGCUGGAGGUCCUGGUUUACCGGGAAUUCCUGGGUCAGAAGGUCCACCAGGUGAAAAGGGUGACAAAGGUGACGCUGGUCUAAAUGGUUUUCCUGGCGAAGUAGGACCCCGAGGAUUCACGGGAGCUAUAGGACCUCCAGGACUUAGGGGCCCUCAAGGAGAAAAGGGUCUUUCUAUUGUUGGUCCGUCGGGUAUGGAUGGUGUACCUGGAAGAGAUGGAAGUAAGGGUCAAAAAGGAGAAAAAGGCUACACAGGUCCUCGAGGUAGACCUGGUGAUUCGUUAGAAGGAAUACCUGGGCCUCCAGGAAAACCAGGUCUUCCAGGAGAACCAGGUUUACCAGGAAAAGAUGGAAUGUUUGGUUUUCAAGGACCAAUGGGAGAAAAAGGAGACAGUGGUGGAAAAUGUUCACAAUGUUUCCCAGGAAUCAAAGGUGCUAAAGGAGAUCGAGGCAUCGAUGGCAAAGAUGGAUUUCCAGGUGCUCGAGGACCCCCUGGAGAAAGAGGAUUUCCUGGUGAGCCUGGUCUUGAUGGUCUUCCGGGACCUACAGGUCCUCCAGGAAAUAGGGGUAAUGAUGGUACACCUGGCGCACCUGGUCCUCAAGGAGAGUCUGGAAAAGACUGUCUUAUUAGCAAAGAACAGCUCAAUACGGAGAAAGGGCAAAAAGGUGAACGAGGAGAAUUGGGUAGGCCUGGGCCGUUUGGACCUAUUGGUCCAGUAGGUGAAAAGGGUGUGCAAGGAAGUACAGGGUUUCCAGGUCUAAAAGGAGAUAAGGGUGAUGCUGGUUUCCCUGGACAAGAUGGUAUACCCGGUCGACCUGGUAUAUCAGGCAGCAAGGGUGAAACGGGAUUGAGUAUCAAAGGUGAUCAAGGUGAAAGAGGUCGUGAUGGGUUCUCAGGUCAAAAAGGAGAACCAGGUUUUCCUGGAAUGAAAGGAGAUGCAGGAAUAUGUCCACCUUUAAAUAUUGAACAUGUAUCGAAAGGACCUGCUGGAGAUAGAGGUCCUAAAGGUGAACCAGGAAAUCCUGGGUAUGAUGGCGAAAAAGGUGAUCGAGGUUACCCGGGUGACAUAGGAUUGCCAGGACCACCAGGUUUACUCGGAGUUCCUGGACCAGUCGGUCCAAGAGGUUUGCCAGGCCCUAGAGGAGAAAAAGGAAACACAGGACCAAUAGGAUUUCCGGGAGAGCCAGGUCUGGUUGGUCAAAGAGGUUUCCCAGGUUUACCAGGCCUGAAAGGUCAUAAAGGAGAAGCUGGUAUAUCGGUCAAGGGAAUUCAAGGAUUACAGGGUCCUCAAGGUCCCAAAGGUGAUAUGGGUUUGCCAGGCCCAGAAGGAAAGGAAGGACCCAUUGGUCAUUCAGGUUUACCUGGAUUGACGGGAGAAAAGGGAGAAUUGGGAGAGCCUGGAUACAAUGGUAUUCCAGGAAAACCUGGAGAUAAAGGAGAUACUGGACCACUGGGUCCACCAGGGCCUCCAGGAAUAAUGGGAACACCAGGAACGGAUGGUUUAAAAGGAGAACAAGGUAUACCUGGAGAACCUGGAAGAACUGGUUUAACGGGUUUACCUGGUCCAAAGGGAGAUAUGGGAGUGCCUGGAAUUGAUGGACCGAAAGGCUUUUCAGGAAGAAGAGGGCCACCUGGUUUACAAGGACGUCCUGGUAUUGAUGGAGCACCGGGUGUAAAAGGAGAGCGAGGAGAAAAAGGAUUCCAAGGUUUCCCAGGUAUGCCUGGAAUAGAUGGAAAGCCAGGAAAACCAGGAGAACAAGGACCUAAAGGUGAUAUAGGAUACCCUGGUGAACCUGGUCCAAUGGGACCGCUUGGAGCACCUGGAGACAAAGGAGAUCUUGGUGACCGAGGUUUCACGGGUCAAAAAGGUGAUCCUGGUCAAGUUUCAGAAAAAGGUCAGAAAGGCGAACCAGGAAUGCCAGGUAUAAGAGGACCACCAGGUUUGACUGGUCGAGAUGGUAUUGAUGGAGAAAAAGGAGAAGCGGGUCUGCCUGGAUAUGGUCGCGAUGGGCUCCCUGGUGAAAAAGGUGAGCCUGGCUUACCUGGAAGAGAUGGUAUCUCAGGUGAAAAAGGAAUGAAAGGCGAUAUCGGUUUCCGUGGUUACCCAGGUCUCAAAGGCGAAAAAGGUUUCAUUGGACCCCAAGGAGAGCCUGGCCUGCCUGGAUUAGAUGGAGUAGAUGGUGAAAAGGGAGAUAUUGGCCCUCAAGGUAUUGCAGGCUUUCCUGGAUUAGACGGCGAAGUAGGUCCACCAGGACGUCCAGGAUUCGAUGGACCAAAAGGAGAGCUUGGACCUGCAGGUUUUGAAGGCCCAAUAGGAUAUCCUGGAGUACCCGGAGAAAAAGGACAUAGAGGACCACCUGGUCUUACCAUCAAUGUAAAGGGAGAAAAAGGUGAACCUGGAUUACCAGGUUACCCAGGUCGAGACGGGGAAAAAGGUGAUAUCGGAUUCCCUGGUCCAGCUGGACCUCCUGGAGAAAAAGGUGACAAGGGUGGUAUUGGCAUGCCUGGAUAUCCAGGACCGCACGGACUUCAAGGAAUCAAAGGUGAUCGAGGACCUAUAGGUUUUACUGGGCCUCCUGGUAAAACAGUGAAGGGAGACAAAGGCUUACCAGGUUCAGUUGCAAGGCCAGGUCGAGAUGGAAUUCCAGGCUUACCAGGUAUAAAAGGUGACAUGGGAUUACCUGGUUUACCAGGUAUCAAAGGAGAGCCUGGACUACCGGGUCCUUUAGGUCCUCCUGGUCCUAAAGGCGAUAUGGGACUACCGGGUCCUGUAGGACCCCCAGGAAAAGAUGGCAGUCCUGGACUCGAAGGAUUACCAGGUUUAACAGGUGACAAAGGUUACAAGGGAGAACCUGGUCAACCCGGUCUGUUUGGAGCUCCUGGUCAAAAAGGAGACAGAGGAUUCCCAGGUCGAGAAGGCAAGGAUGGAAUACCGGGAGAAAAAGGUGAUCGAGGUUGGGAUGGAGUUCCAGGCUUACGAGGUCCUCCAGGAGAAAAAGGUGAUCCUGGCUUACCAGGCUAUGACGGAAAGAUGGGUAUAGAUGGUAUUACGGGUCCGAAAGGUGAUAAAGGCGAUGCAUGCUUAGCAUUACCGAUGGGCAAAGGUGAAAAGGGUGACCGUGGAUUCCCAGGACCUAUGGGAGCUCCAGGAAUGUUGGGUGAAAAGGGUAACCACGGACUUCCUGGAUUACCAGGAUUAGACGGACAGAAAGGUGAACCGGGUCUACCUGGAUCGAUAGGACCUCCCGGCUUACGAGGAAAUCCUGGUUUACUGGGUCCUCCAGGACCGCAAGGUUUGACAGGACCACCAGGUAUUCCUGGAGUUCCAGGUGAACCAGGCCUUCCGUGUGAAACACAACCAGAUUACCUGACUGGAAUAUUACUCGUUAAACACAGUCAAAGUAAAUUCGUGCCUGAAUGUGAAAAAGGACAUAUAAAAUUAUGGGAUGGAUAUUCGUUACUUUACACUGAUGGAGAUGAAAGAGCUCACUCUCAAGAUUUAGGUUACUCUGGUUCUUGUGUACGGAAAUUCUCUACGAUGCCAUUCUUGUUUUGUGACGUAAAUAGUGUAUGCCACUAUGCAAGUCGAAAUGAUCGGUCUUAUUGGUUAUCAACAAAUAGCCCCAUACCUAUGAUGCCAGUCGAGGAACAUCAUAUAGAAGAAUAUAUAUCUAGAUGUGUCGUUUGUGAAGUUCCUGCUAAUGUAUUGGCAGUACAUAGUCAAUCUUUGAACAUUCCUGAGUGCCCUGAGGGAUGGUCAGGUCUCUGGAUUGGAUAUAGUUUUGUCAUGCACACUGGUGCUGGUUCGCAAGGUGGUGGGCAAUCGUUAUCUAGUCCUGGUUCGUGUCUCGAAGACUUCAGAGCGACUCCAUUUAUCGAAUGCAAUGGAGCUAAAGGACAUUGCCAUUACUACGCCAACGAAUUCAGUUUUUGGAUGGCUACGAUAGAAGAUCGUGAUCAAUUCCAAAAACCUGAAAAGCAGACCCUCAAAGCGGGAAAUCUACGUUCUCGAAUAAGUCGUUGCCAAGUGUGUUUGAAAAAUACGUAAUAUUCAACUUGCAGAUAAAUCACACGAUUUAGAUUGACAUUAUUGAAUAUGCAUUUAUUGUAUAUGCUAAAUAUAACAAUUAAAAAUAAGAAACUCAAUUUUAAAUGACUGUUACUUCAGUAUCAUGAAUCAAUCAUUGAAAAUUGUAUGUGCCCAUUAAAUAUGUUUUGCAGUUAAAAAGGGCAACAUAAAUUGAUGAAAUUUUGUCGAGCCCUUACAAUUUGCUGUUUUUAGUAUUGUUCUAUUAUUGUAUUUGAAUAUAAUUUAGUAAACAAUAUUUGGAUGAGCAAAAACAAACCAAAAAUAUUAUAUUUACUGGAGUAAUAUCAAUUAGUUAUAUAUAAAUACUUGAAAAAUAUAUUCUCCAUUAUUGUCGUAAUCAUAUUUAUUGUUUUAUUUCACAUAAAAUACGUGGCACUUAAUCAUGGUAGUUUAAGACCAGUAAGUUUAAUUGUAACUUUAACAACAAAAUUUUUUUUAAAUAAAUAAUUCAAUAAAGUGAACGAUUUAUUUUAUAAAACGUCUAGAAAAACUCAAUCGCAUUAAUAUAAAUCCGCAUGUGAAUAAAUCAU